AUGAACCAAACCUUACCCCCAUCAACCAACAGCACAGCUGUCACAGUGAAAUACUUAAAGAACAUCAAUAUUUUCCUCCACUGUAUCAUAUGUGUUCUUGGUGUUGCUGGCAAUGGAAUGGUCAUCUACAUCGCAGGCCUCAAAAUGAAGAGGACGGUCAAUACUGUCUGGUUUCUGAACCUGGCGGUAGCUGAUUUCCUGUUUUCAUUUUUCUUGAUCUUUAAUAUAAUUUACGAAUAUCGUGAUUUGGAUUGGCCUUUUGGUGACUUUGGGUGCAAGUUGAGUAGCCUGGUGACUGUGCUGAAUAUGUUUGCCAGCACGUUCCUGCUGACAGUGAUCAGUCUGGACCGCUGCCUGUCCAUCUGGGUGGUGGUGUGGGCUCGGACUAAACGGACCGUCCUGAAAGCGAGGAUAAUCUGCCUGCUUAUUUGGUUAGCAGCAGUUGCUUGCACCAUGCCUUGUGUCAUCUUUCGGAAAACAUUUCACAUUUCUCCACAACAAACAGUGUGCAUCCUUGAUUUUUCAGGACUGAAAGCCUACAGGAGGGAGGUUGUGUUUCGUUUUGUAGUGGGUUUCCUCAUCCCAUUUGUCAUAAUCUUGGCUUCUUAUGUGGCGAUCGGGGUACGAAUUAAUCGCCUCCGGAAAGACAAUAAACUAAAACCCUUUCGUAUUAUCCUAUCUGUAAUCCUGGCCUUCUUCUUCUGCUGGCUUCCAUUUUAUGUUUACCGGUUCCUCGAAGUGUGGUUGCAUGAAAAGAAUGAGACAAACCCAUCAGAUGAGCUGACCAGCUUCAAGAAUGUUUUUGACCAGAUAGGGCUCUUCAUAGUCAGUCUUGCUUACUUGAACAGCUGCCUGAAUCCUUUCUUGUAUAUAUUCAUGUGUGAAGAUUUUCAGAAAAAGCUCAAGCGGUCUUUGGUGAUGGUGUUCGAGAGCGCCUUCGCAGAGGAACAUCUGGGUCUCCUCUCGCAACAUUCCCAAUCCCAGCACAAUUCUCAUUCCCAGAGUGGAACCGGACCCAGUCUGACCCAGUCUGUGACACUUGAGGCUUAG